AUGGAAAAGCUUGUGCCAGAGCAGGCAGAUACUGACAAGGACGGGUCAGCAGCCGGCACAAGGCACCUAAACGACAUCACCUUGGACUUCGGUGCGGGGGCAUCGCUGUCGGCAUGUUCAGCUCUGCUGCGCCUUGCUUCCCCAGUGUUCGACCGAAUGCUAGACUGCGGCAUGCAGGAAGCACAGCAAAGCGUCAUCAAGGUGGAAGUGGCCCGACUGGAGGACUUCGACGUGUUCUACAGCUUGCUCCGGCCAGGUGCAUGGAACGCAGACAAGGUCACCGAGGCGAAUGUCGAUGCCCUGCUUGCCAUAAGUGAUUACUACCAGGUGACCUUCCUCAAGACCACCUGCGAGGACAGGCUUCUCAGUCUUCCCGUGACUGCGGGCCGCCUUCUACAAGCCCACAAGCGUGGCCUUACACGGCAGUACGAGCGAUGCAUUGCGUCCCAGGCCAGAGACUGCACCCCAGAGGACUUGGUUGACAUCUCCCGGACUUCACCUGACAUCAUGCUUGACUUGGCCAUGCGAAUGCGGGAAACGCAGCAGCAGAUUGGCGAGAUUCGUGCAAUGAGACCCACCUUGGCGAACGUCAAGUACAUGGCAGAAAACUACAUUCCAGAGUUUCAGUUCAAUCGAAGUGGCUACAUCUCAAGAGCUCUGAAUGUGUCUGAAGUCCAGAACCUAAGCUAUUUGCGCGGGCAUAUUCCAGUCGCCUUGGAGCCUGUGCUGGAUCUUUUGGACGCGUUGGAGUGGAAAGCCAUCGGCACAUUGCUGGAUGUCGCAGACGGGAAUCAUCGUUUCGUGGCUUUCAGUCCCAGCGUCAGAGUGUGGCGGCGACACGCUCCCCGCAACCAGGCUGCCAGCGCACUCGAUGCAAGCUUCCCUUCUAUGGAAUUGAACUGGCGCGGCAACCCGUCCCUCAACGAGCGCACAGACUCCUUCCACACCGAAGUCUUGUCCUUCCACUUCGCGUGGCCAGUGAAGAUGUGUGACGGAAAUGAUCUCAACACUGAUGGGGCAGGAGGAGCGGGCUGGUGCUUACGAGGCCUGGUUGGAUAUGAGAUGGUGACGGUUGCUGAAGGUUUGGGACAGCUGGUUGAGGUGGUUUUUGACGAGGAGAAGACUGCGCUCGACUUGUCCAAGGACUGCUAUCCUGGCAAGGUCUGCCCGCCAGUGGUGAUUAUGGUUGGCCGGCAAGUAGGCACGCGGGUCACAUGCCGCGAAGUUUUAUGA